UAUAGCCCAGCAUGUAGAAAUACGCACAUAACAGCCCAUUACCACCCGUUUCCAAGCCGUGUGCAGAAAGGAGACGGAGAGAAGGAAGAAGAAGACGGCAUCAUGGCGACGGCGCAGGCGGCCUCGGCGUCCCCAACCCACCACCGCGUGUCCUCCCCGGCGGCGUCGCCGCCGCAGCCGCCGUACCCCAGCGCUGCCAGGAUCGCCGACUCCACCUGCUUCCCCCAGUACACCGCCUCCCUCAAGUGUCUGGAGGCCAACCAAGACAAGAGCAAGUGCCAGCAGCAGUUCGACGAUUACAAGGAGUGCAAGAAGAAAGAGGUUUGCUAUCUCCCGAUUUCUCUUCAUUCUUUGGUGCUGAUACGCGAUGGAUGGCUUCAUUGGUUGCACACACCGACUUACUGUUAGUUGUUCGAGAUGCUUCAAUUGAGCAACUUUAGGCCUUUAUUGCUCCAAAAUUGCCUCUUUUAAAAGCUUUAAGCACUUUUGGUGCAUCUUAAAGGACCUCAGCGUGCUCGUGAUUAUAUAGACUCGCUUCCUAGCUAUGUCAUCUUGUUCUACUAUGUUUACCGUAUAUGGUUUUGAGAUUCCUCGUUUAGCAUAUGUCCAUGCCUGCCAAAUAUUGAUUUCAGUGGCUAAUAGUUGCGGAGUUGUAGUCCACAAUUCCACGGUGAGGUGGAUUUGCGGAGUUGUAGUCCACAAUUCCACAUGAUUCACUUCUGAAUCUCUGACAUAUUUCUAUAUUUUUUGU